CGUGGACAGCAAGCAACAAGGCGAAAUUGUGUUCUGUCUCCCUCUGAUUUGUGCAACUAACUAUCCCAGAAACAUUGCACAUAAGGAAAUAGUCAGCGCGUACCUGCUUGGGUAUGCAUGCUGUAUUUACACGUCUCGUGCCCGGAAUGCAUUCGAAUGGGCCGGCGGAAAUCCUGGCUAAAGCGAGAUGCGCUCCUUCGCAAUAUCGACCUCUUGGGCCUCCCAUCACGCGGCGACUGCUCGGAGAGCGGUGCGUAUUGUUUAAAGGACAAGAGCUGAACUCUCUGGCCGACUAACACGAAAGUCUACUUGACACUCGAUCAAGAUGAAAACCCGAAUCAUCGUGCAAGCAUUAUUCGUGGGAUUCACGGCCGCUCUCCCAAGCUUCAUUUCUUCUCGGCAAGAUCCGUUGCCAUCGCCAGAAUGCCCCGAGACCUGGUUCUUCAAUAUCGACUCCUUCUCCGGCCCAGGCUGCCCCGACAGUGCGCCAGGCUUCAACGCGACACACGGGCGCACAGAUCAGGGCUGGGGCUCCCAUUUCAUGCCAGGCUGUCAUACGCCUUGGGCAUGGUUCACGUUGCCAUACACCGAAGCUAGCGUCGGCGCGGGCGUGCGCGAGUCGAAGACGUAUUGCGAGUUGCGGCUCAAGUGGAGAGAAAUGAAGGGAGAUACAUAUCCAAUCGAGGUACCGCUGGAUCAGGCCGCAUGGAAAUUGAAGAUGCAUAGAAAUGGCACAACCAUGGAGGCGGGUUAUGCAAUUGAUGAGGGCGUGAGAGCGGAUUGGAGGUUUACAUACUGGAUGGAUGAAGCGGAUGACAACUCAAAGCUGGUUGACAAGAUAGUUGUACGCGGCCCUUUGGCAAACAAGACACUGCCCGUGAAGCAGCUUGACUGGAGCCAGGGCGAAAAGAAGACCUUGGAAUGGACCGCCCCUCAGUGCGGAAUUGCCUAUGUCAAAGUACGAGUCGACCUCGAACUUAGAGCGGAGAACGCAGGAGCGAUGGGCACCGUGUUCCCAACGCGGAUUGGCAGCGGUGUCGCCCACGACUACGGAUGGCCAGGGCCCCUUCUGGGGAUCAGUCACGAUUUUGAGCCUUGCAAGAAGGCCUAGCAGUCUGCUCCGGUAUCUAUGGUCCAUUUCCAAAUACUCAGACUUUCUUGGUGGAU